AACUAGCUUAGUUUACUAGUAGUUAUAUCUCUCUUACUUAUUCUUAAGGCUCCUUAAGAACCUCUUCCUCUCGCUAUCUUUUCUACUUUGUAUUAUAGCUACUAAUAAAUAUUCAUUGUACCGUCACAGAUAAGAACAGUCGAUAGGCGUGGAAUCCAAGUGAAGCCCGAGACUGGAGCUGAUAGACGCAGCUUCGGACCAAGUCGUGCCUCUUCUACUUCUGCCUCAGGGCCAGCCGAACAAGGAAGAAGGAUGUCAGAGAGGCCGGGUGUGGUAUUGUCCUGUGGUGAAUCAUGGUAUCGGCUGGGUAUCAGUGGCCUCCUAUAAUCUCGCUGGUCGAUGAAAAUAAAUGCUGCGAGGUCCUCAAUAUCCGGACCACGGCGUCAGGCCGUGGAGUUCAAGCUGCACAUGAUGGGUUUCUGAACCAGGUGUCUCCCCUCAAUUUCGCCAGACAUCAGGCCUAGUGAAAGUCUAAAAAGUACGCUGGCUGACUGACGAUAUGUACACAGAUUGAAGUUCGCAAGUCCCGCUCAUCCCCACUACCAGUGCAGUAAUUUAUAUGAGUAUAUCGGCUUUUAUGAGUUGGCAUUGGUAGCUGGGGAUCGGCGCUACGGUUCAGCGCCUACCAGCAAUAUUUGGCAAAAUGAUGGCUGCAUACCUACACGCCAGAACGUUUUAAAAAGUUGUCUCGUAAUUAACAUGUUCUGGACCGGAGGAGGGGUUUAAGCUCCCACUCCCUAUACUCCAGGGCUGUGAAUAGGAAGGACCGUCCAGGAACCUUGAGGUUGUAUCCAUGCGGUCCUUCUUGAUGACAUGUCAAGAGACGACAUAGAAAGCUGCGGUAGCAUUGUCAUGAGGUGGGCAGUAUGGAAUGAUAAAUAACACAUGCUACUUCUGUUCGGAAUUGCACGCAUUGCAUGAGGUGCUGCAGCCCUUUGAGCCAUUGCGCGGCUCACGGAGAGGAGGGGACGAUUCGAGCGAGUGUGUCAAAAGAAGAAAGGAAUUGUGCUUAGAUGGAUGGUAUGUACAGUUAGAGUAUGUAGACACUCACUCGAUGAGGGGUAGAGCGCCCCUCGGAUACGCUGUGACGAUUUGUUGUGGGGGAUUCAUUGAGCGUUGUUCAAGGACGCUCUCGGACAAACUCUCCCCACACUUGAGCAAGCAGCUGAUGAUGAGGACUUGAGCAUCCCUCUAUGCAUCGUACUGUAUAGCUCGAUGGGCAUCUACCUUGAUUUUGUGCUGUAUGACAUUUGGAUCACAGAGUCUGAGAGCAGAUGGCUGACCUGGUGGGUGAAUGAGAGAACUGCAAGAGGAUGGUGAGAUGGUGAGAAGUGAGCACUCCGGGCAUCCUGUCACUGAGCCAUAUAUCGGUAACUUCGUAAAUGGGACUCCGCGCUGGACAUCUAUCGCCGGAGGGCGGAACAGGAGAGAGCGUGAGCGAAUCUGGAGAUUUGUGGGCCUUCCCGUCAUAUUGUACUUUGACUCACUUGAUUCGCACCUAUGUUCAUUCAUAUAAUACCUUAUUGAUUUUCUCUUCAUAGAUUUGUAGCCACACAUUGCCAUUUGCCAACAGCUCAUUCAACCCUGCUCGGGUCUACUUUGAAGUUCCAAAAAUCAUCUGCCUUCUGAAAGAUAUGAGCCGUCAUAUCUGUCCAGGUCCAUGAGUACGUCCUUCCCAGAUCCUCAUCCACUUGUCAGAGUGGAUCAGGGAGUUGACGCCUGCACUGAGGUGAGUGUGACGGUUGGAGUCCCAGCUUCAGCUUCUUUUGCUUCGCUUCCCGUUGUCAACACCCAUCUCCUCAACCUCUUUCUUGUAUGUCUGUACAUCUGCCGAAUCCAGGUAGCCGGCGUCCUUCUUCUUUCUGUUACCUAGCUAGUAUAUCUAUUCAUUCUGCGUUCACUAGCCAAAAGACUGCGAGCAACGAACGGGAUCCUCAUCCGAUUGUUGCCGUCCGCGUCCUCUAUAGGCCCAGCACCAGUACCGGCGUGAUCCAAGCAUGUUCAGUUCAGUUCAUUUGCGAGUCAGACAGUGAAACGUCAAAAACACCAGAUCCUGCCUACUACACAACCCCGUCGCGCAGUGCGGUACACCCCGCCCCUCCUCCGUGAAAGUAUCAAUCGGCUUUCACGAACAACGCGUCCUUGAUACCUUCUCCUUGCCCGCCCAGCCUUACGACCUGACAACCUCGGAUUCAUUCAUACACUUAUCUAUCGCGGGUACUUGUCUCCAAAGAUUUGAGGAGGUGACUCCCUUCAGCGACACCCGACUCGAAUCGAUCAGCCUGGUCCUGGUCCUGGCGGUCCUCUCGAGCCAGCCAGAGCGGCGGAUGUGACUCGCAGACCUGUCCAAACGCAGCGAAUUGAAGUCUUCCCACUGCACUGCACUUUACCCGCCGCCCAUCUCACGCCCCGGCGACCACCCACGGCGCAAUCUCCAACAUAUUCGUUCCCGUUUCCACGAUACAGUAGCAGAGCCACCGAGCGUCUGCUCUCUUCUCCUGCCUAACCCCUCGUCUCGUCCCAUUCAUCAUUCGAUCUGGCCAUCGCACGCAAACGAGCGUGUCGACAAUAAUAAGAUACGGGACACGCAGAUCUCGAUACUGUUCCGAUACCCACCCUGGUGCCACCGACGGCCCUGCACCACCGAGAGAUACCUACGCCUCGACCGCUAAAACAAAAGCGAUCAGCACAACACCAAAAUCCAAUCCACGCCCUCAUCAACUUCUCGCCCUGUCCUGGACUGUGUCUGGACUUGAAGAUUGAGAAUGCAUUGACCCCAUGCAGGUGAAAGAAGUUCACGAUGCUUAUGACACUGCGCAGCAACGGCAUAUUUCCUGAUCAGCAGAAUUCCCAGUCGUUCAAUUCCAGUACCAGUGCUUACCCAUCCAGCACCUCCCACAUCGCCAACCGUGUGGGACAAUACACCGAAGAGAGUCCGCUGCGAACCUCGUCCCCUCUCCGCCCCUCUCGCGGUCGAUAUUCUCCCUCCGACCAGUUCGCAGCAGCACAGGAAUCGAGAUUUGCGGGGAAGCGCAGAUCGCCGCCUCUGAUGAAUGGUCUUUUGGGGAACGCGCCGCAGCCGGUGAUGUAUGUGCGAGCGCUGUACGACUACGAGGCAGAUGACAGGACGAGCCUGAGCUUCCACGAAGGAGAUGUCAUUCAGGUCAUCACCCAGCUGGAAAGCGGUUGGUGGGAUGGAGUCAUCAAUGGAGUAAGAGGCUGGUUCCCGAGCAAUUAUUGCCAGAUCAUUGCGAAUCCGGAAGAUGCGCUGGAAGGCAAACAGAAUGGCACAGCAAGCGAUGCAGAUGAUGGAGAUGAAGAGGGGGAGGAAGACGAAGAGACGGAAGAAUUUGAGGACCAGUACGAAGAGGAAUCCGCUGACUCGGAGAGAGACGAAAUGACCCAAUUGCCCAUUGAGGGAACAAGUAGCAAUGAACGAACAAGGGCAGACUUUUGGAUACCACAAGCUACGCCGGAUGGACGUUUGUUCUAUUUCAAUACAGAGACGGGCGAGAGCAGCAUGGAGCUUCCGCUGGAAUCUCCCUCUUCUGUGACGGAGAACGGACCACGCGAUCGAAUGAAUAUUAACAUUCCUGAGAAGACCCGACCCCCACCAGAGAUGAUGGCUCGAGGUUACAUGCAGGACGAAGAUGACGAUUCCGAGGGUAACUCGGCAUCAGAAUUAGAGGGGGAGACAUUGAUGCUCGCCUCUAGAAGCUCAUAUCCUCGAAAACGCCGGUCUCUAGUCUCUGAAGGUAUCUCUCCUGCCACUUCAAUGGACUCGAUAACCGGUGCUUCCCCUGUCACGCGAUCCCGACCUGCAGACCCUUUCAUAAACCCCAAUUUGUCCAUGGUCACGGCCAUGCCAAUCAUGGGUCCCUCAACCACCUCAUUCACGAACCCCUCACUCAAUCCACCACAUGCCGCAACCCUACCUCGGUCUUUCUUCGAUGAUGGCUCCGCCGCACCAUUGACUUGGAACAAGCUCGUAGCGAACAUGAAGAAGGCCGUGGACAGGUACCGAGAGUCAAUCAAUAACAAUGAUCGAUCGGAAUAUGUGAGCCGUGCGGAAGACAUCUCGGACCAUUUGCGACUGCUCCUGGCAGCUGGAUCUGGCACAACAGAUAAUCACUCUGGGCAGCCAUCGAUCAUAUCCACGAACAAAGCCCUCUAUCCCCACUUUCGUGAUAUGAUGUCGAAGUUCUCCAAACUGGUUAUAUCUUCACAUAUUGCUGCGGCGGAUUGGCCAAAUGCGGAAUCAUAUCAGAAAUGCUUGCAGGAGGCCGAUGGUGUACUGCAGGGUGUCUUCAGCUAUGUUGAAGUUGCAAGACAACAGCGCGGUGAAGAUAUCCCACGACUGCUCCCUGGUUUUGUAAUUGGAAGCACGACUGGUGGCAAUUGGCAGAAUAAUGGACUGGGGACUCGAGAUCCAUUGACUUCGAACUUUCUGGACGAAGACGAGGGUGUCGUCGAGCCUUCUGCGACAUUGGAUGCUAAAUUGAUGGAACGACUCGAAGACCUCAAGCGUCAACUGACUUCGAGCCUUCGAAAAUUGGAAGAACAGCUUGUCGUGUCAGAAAAAAUCAUAACCCCCUACAGGCACGAAGUCAUUGGAAACAAUGUCUGCUCUGCGGCUAAGAAAGUACUGGUUAUGUUCAAACCCUGGGUCUCAACUGUUGAAUCCAUCAACCUUUCGUCCCUUGUGAACAGCUUCCAAAAUCCCUCGUUGGUUGACUUUGCUCAACACAAACAAAGCUUGUAUGACAAUAUAUCUGAUCUGAUAUUAGCCUGUCAGGCCGUUGCCGGCCCUCUGGGUGACGAAUGGGCUGAGAUCCGUGGCGAAUCGCUCGAAGGGCGCCUCAACUAUGUCCGGCAAUGCGCAAAACAGUUAGAAACUAAUUCUUCGCACAUCGGCUUUUCUCUGCAAUUACUUGGCGAGCAAGUACAGAUGUCUUCGCAACCAGAAGACCAAGAACCACCACCACCUCCCCCAAGGGAAGAUUCUCGCCUUCGGGAUGCACGAAGGGUAGAAAGCAUGCCAUACGAACGCACGCAUCAACGCACAGAUUCGCGUGUCACUGCUUUAAGGCCAGGCUUAGCUGGUAUUGCGCAGUCUCAAUCAUACUCGGAGGGCGACCCAGCCGCAAACUAUCGGAAAGGCGAGAACUCGAAAGUCCGGAAAUUCUUCGGUGAGGAGCCUAUACGAAGGGACGAGCAACCAGACGAAACUCCCGAUUGCCUGAAGCUCGAUCAUGAGGAGGACAUUUCCUAUGACAUGAAAGUUGCACCUCCACAGCUGAAAGGUGGAACUCUUCUUGCUUUGGUAGAACAAUUGACUCGUCAUGACAAGCUCGACUCAAGUUUCAACAAUACCUUCUUGUUGACAUAUCGAUCAUUUACCACGGCCAGGGAGCUAUUUGAGAUGUUGGUCAAGCGCUUCCAAAUUCAACCACCAGAGGGUAUGGUUCAAUCGGACUACGAUAUUUGGAGGGAUCGCAAACAGAAACCGAUUCGAUUCCGAGUCGUUAAUAUCUUGAAGAGUUGGUUCGACAAUUUCUGGAUGGAAGAUCAGAGUGACGACACCAAAGCUCUCAUUCGUGAUGUUUACACAUUUGCCAGAGAUACCGUCAAAACUACGGAGACCCCUGGCUCGGGUCCGUUGAUGGCGGUAUUAGAGCAACGAUUACGAGGACAAGAUACUACUGCGAAACGGCUGGUUCUCACACUGAGUCAAUCGACUCCUCAACCCAUCAUGCCAAAGAAUAUGAAGAAACUUAAGUUCUUGGACAUCGACGUGACGGAAUUCGCCCGCCAGCUCACCAUCGUCGAAUCGAAACUCUACGGCAAGAUCAAGCCCACAGAGUGUCUGAACAAAACUUGGCAGAAGAAGGUUGGAGAGAACGACCCCGAGCCAGCACCGAACGUCAAGGCACUCAUCCUACACUCGAAUCAAUUGACGAACUGGGUGGCAGAAAUGAUUCUUACACAACUCGAUGUUAAGAAGCGUGUUGUGGUCAUCAAGCACUUUGUUCUCGUGGCCGAUAAAUGUCGGCAAUUGAAUAAUUACUCCACGCUCACGUCUAUCAUCUCUGCUCUCGGUACAGCACCAAUCCACCGACUGAAGCGAACUUGGGAUCAAGUACCGGCCAAGACAACUGCUGUUCUGGAGUCGAUGCGUAGACUCAUGGGGAGCACCAAAAAUUUUGGCGAAUACAGAGAGAGCUUGCAUCUCGCCAAUCCACCCUGUAUUCCAUUUUUCGGUGUAUAUCUUACUGAUCUAACUUUCAUCGAAGAUGGUAUUCCAUCUAUCAUCAAGAAGUCUACACUGAUUAACUUCGCCAAACGUGCCAAGACAGCAGAAGUUAUUCGUGACAUACAACAGUACCAGAAUGUGCCUUACCCCUUGCAAGCAGUUCCAGAGCUUCAAGAAUACAUAUUGAGCAACAUGCAAGCAGCAGGAGAUGUACACGAGAUGUAUGAGAAGAGCUUGACAGUUGAGCCACGUGAGAGAGAAGACGAGAAGAUAGUAAGGUAUGUGAGACUGGAGGAGAUAUCAACCUAUGGCGGGUACCCUUUAUGAAGCUCUAAAGAUCAAAUCUGAGAAUUCCCGCAAGAUGCAAUUGCCUAUUUGGGGUGUAGAAGGAACGUGCUUACCAAGUUGGUCGAACAUAGGGUUUUAGCCGAGUCCGGCUUCCUAUAAGCCAAUAUCAACCACACAAGCCUCACAUCAUACGCCACGAAUGACAGCGAAGAGAUACAACGCCUUACUACAAAUGAUAUGUUUGACGACGAAACGAGACGCACCUAUUCUCACGCCACUGUCCCAAGAUCUGGACAGACCAGGUACUAGAGCAUCUUCGAACUGUAAGCCGGCCCGGCAUCUUUCCGCAGUACCAAUCCCCUCGGUUUUACUUCGACAACUCCAAUACCCAUUAUAUCAGUCGCAUGGUUUUUACACAUAUCGAUUUAUACCACAAAUCUGCCUGUCUUCGAUUCGAUUUCUUCCGCCGCAUACACCACACCAUUACAUAGAAGUUUUGAUAUAUCCACGUGGUUCGGUUUCCCUUCUGGCCUUACAAGGUUUUCUACUUCUUCCGAGCAAGAGAAUAGGCGUUCAUCCUUUUGAAUGUGUUUCCCCGGUGGUGCAAAAUAGUUGUCCAAUAAAUUUUCGCGGUCUUAUUCUGCAAGCGGUCCUUCUGUAGGCUUACGGAUCAGGAUUGAUGGAGCACGGGUGUAUCUUCUGGUUCGCUUUGGGAAAUGGUGCACCUGCAAUGCGAGCAGGGGGGGACAAUGAAGCAGUCGGGCAAGCAAGCAUAAGUAUUCCAAUUGGGGGCUGAUCGCAUGCACCACCCAACAAAUAGGGUCUCUUUACCCACUUCCCAUGACCAACUAAACUCCAACUUUCUGUUAUCAUCUAAUAUCUCCCAUGUACUCUCCAUAUCUAUCCCCUCGUCUUCUUCUGAGAAUUGUGGGGAAUUUUCGCCUAAAAAGGAUACACGAUUAUGUGUCCUAAAACAUGACAUGAGCAUGUGAGCCUUCCCCCGGCAGCAGCCUGGACGGAUUCUCGGUAUCUGGCCCCGACGUCUCUCUCCCCAUUCGUCUGAGCCGUAUCAAUAGGACGCGAGUCAAUGGCCAGGCACAUGGAUGUUUGACCUGUCGUUACAUAGCAGAACAGCAAAUGUGCUGCCUCUGCAGGCCACGCGAUCUGGGGUGCAGAUUCCAGCCUGCACAAACGUCGCGGUACAAUCUAUGGGUAAUCCAAACUCUUUAUACUAUUAGAUUGGAAGUGUGGUUGUCAAUCUGGUUGGUUGGGGGUAAUGUCGUCUACAGAUGCGAAUUUCGGAUAAUCCCACCUUGGUUGGGUGUUGGGACAUUUGUGGGGGGCGAAUGGGGGCAUGAAAGUAGAAGCUUGUUCUGUGCCGAGUGAGUGAUGGGUAGGUAGCAAUUUCCGCCUCGUCUCUGGUAUCUCGUUGCUGCAUGUCCUUUUUCUUGUGUUACGAGCAAGACUUUGGAAGUGCUGGUAAGGAGCUGGAGGCCAAUGUAGGUAUAUGAUUGUUGGUUUUACAUUUUUAAAAAUUGUUUGGGGUGUGGUCGAUGUGGCCUACAAUCUUAUGCAUUGUUAGUUGAUGUAUUGCUCCCCGUGUGCCCACUGUACAACAUUCUAGUGUCAAAAUCAUUCUGUUAUGAACAAGCAGUGUUGCUAUCAUCUUUCCAGGACGAGUUUUGGAAGUUCCAAAGCAUGCUAUGUUGGCUGAAGUCUCCCAAGUUGAAUCGAGGGAUGGCCGUGCGGGAUUCAUACUCCGUGUCAUUUCAGGGGUAUAGUUUCAGAUGGAAUAGCUGAUUUGGGAUGACAGUUGUCUUCUGCAUGCUUUCGAAAGGAAACCUUUGUGGCUGGGCGGGACGGACGGGUUGUGGUAAGACGGGGCCGUGCAGGAUUGUGGUGGAGGGCCUGUGAUGCUGCGGCGGAGUAAUAUUCGAUGCAUGGGAGAGUAGUGGGGCUCGUAUGCUUCACACUAAGAGAGCAUUUAGUAGUUUUCCUGUGAAAAUUCGUUCUGGCUCGCUGAUUAGGAAAGUGGUUCAGCCAUUCACUUGUAAGCCUUGAACGAACUAUGCGGGGUUUGGCAGAAAAGUCACCUGGUAGAUUAGGGUAUACUACUGGGUCUUCCAGAGCCAGGAUCUUAGAAAAAUGGCGGUUUUUCAAGAGAAGUUUUGUGAAUGCGAGUUGCUCCUCCUCGAAUUUGCAUUGUUACUUUUUCACGAC